GUCCAAACAGUUAUGGACCUGACUGUAUUUUCUUGUGCAUAUCAAACAUUGCUGAUCAUCUGCAUGAGUGCACUCCCUCAGUGUGAUGACACACACUGUGUGCAGAGAUUGACACAGCAUUUUCACACGCAGGCAGGAUUACGGUCGGCCAACGAGGCAGCGGACAAAACAUGAUGGAGGGAAACAAUGAAGGCAGAAAAAGACCAAAAAAUAAAAAAAGAAGAAUGAGAAGAGAAACCACAGAGCUGUCAGAGUUUUGCCCCGGAGAGUGAACGAGGGAGUUUGACAAGUGAAUUACAAAUUGGACACAAAACACAGGUGGCCUUCAUCCCAGGCUUUGUCGGGCACAACUUUCAGAGAGAGUCUGGCCUCCCAGUCGAGCACCGUACGAGAGAUUGUUGCCAUGAGAACAAGCAGGUCCAACAGGUACAGCAUCGUGUCAGACAUUGUACCAGAGGAGGAACUCCAGAAGAUCUCCAAUUUGGGACUCCGUAACGGUCACAGUUCCUCCAACUUUGCACCUCAUUCAAGAGGUGACACAGAAACAGAAGAUAGUACAAGGCAGUCUAGAACAACCUCCACUGCUGAGCACAGCACAAGGGGACGUGGAGAAAUGAAUAGCUACAAUAAGAAAGUCCUGACAAGAAGCUCCAACCAAGUCCGGAGCCGGUUUGUGAAGAAAAAUGGGCAAUGUAACAUUGUAUUCUCUAAUAUGGAAGAAAAGGGUCAGCGGUACCUAGCCGACAUUUUCACCACCUGUGUGGACAUCCGCUGGAGAUACCUGCUGCUUUUAUUCUGCACCACUUUCAUUAUUUCCUGGCUUUUCUUUGGAAUUAUAUUUUAUACUGUCUCUCUGGUCCAUGGAGACUUUAAUGAGUCCUUUCUGAUGGUCGCAGGGCUCCAUGGAGCCACACAUGGACACACAACUGGAGUCCAGAAUCAAAGAAUGCCCUGUAUACUUCAUGUCCAAGGCUUUGUUGGGGCACUCCUGUUCUCCAUGGAAACCCAGACCACCAUUGGCUAUGGCUGGCGUUGCGUUACGGAGGAGUGUUCAGUUGCCGUUAUAACAGUGGUGAUCCAAUCCAUUGUCGGCUGCAUCAUUGACGCCUUCAUGAUUGGCACCAUUAUGGCCAAAAUGGCACGACCAAAGAAGAGGAACCAGACACUUGUUUUCUCCAAAAAUGCUGUUAUUGCUCUGCGUGAUGGCAAGUUGUGUCUCAUGUGGAGGGUGGGGAACCUGCGAAGGAGCCAUAUUGUGGAAGCUCAUGUCCGUGCACAGCUUGUACGGUCAUAUGUCACAGCUGAGGGAGAGUUCAUUCCCUUGGAGCAAAUGGACCUCAACGUGGGCUAUGAUGAUGGCACAGACAGACUGUUUCUAGUAUCCCCACUUGUGAUAGUCCAUGAGAUUGAUAAAGAUAGUCCUUUGUACACUUUAAGCCAAGCUGAUCUGGAGGUAGAUGAUUUUGAAAUCAUUGUUAUCCUUGAGGGAAUGGUGGAAGCAACUGCCAUGACCACUCAGUUCCGCAGUUCCUACCUUGCCAGAGAGAUCUUUUGGGGUCACAGGUUUGAGCCAUUGAUCUAUGAGGACCGGAAUCGCUACAAGGUAGACUAUGCUCGUUUUCACAUGACCUAUGAAGUGCCAUCGACACCACAUCUCAGCGCCAAAGAACUUGACGAGGCAGCUAGCCAGGCUUCCUGUAUGGCUUCUCCUGUCUCUACUCGUAGAUCUGCACUAGACAUGACCCCAAGACCACUGAACACCUUCUGCUAUGAGAACGAGGUGGCAUUGAGCUGUGCAGAGGAAGAUGAUGAUAUCUUUGGUUCUUCUAUGACUGUAGGGAAAGAAAAAGCGGAGGAAAGAAGAACUUCAGUUUCUGUAGACUUACAAAAUUUCUUCCAGGAAACUGUGCCCAUGGCACCAAGCAAUCAGAACAUCAUGUGUGUUCUGGACAUGGACAAUAAUCAGAUGGAGUUUGACAUCCUACAGACUGCCAUCCCUCUCGAUCCAGUGACCUACAAGAGUGAGCAAGAAAUUUAAAGAGUUAAGGGAACUGUAUGUCACUCUUCUUUCAUUUAGGAAGUGUUCUGGCUUGACCUGCACUGAGUUGGAUUUGAUUUCAUGGUUUGAAUGUGUUGAUGUUUAAACCUUUUUUACCUUGCCCUUGUUGUCAUUUUUAACAAUGUUGUCAUUUUAAACUCAUUUAAUUAAGAAUGAAAACAUUCUUGUUUCCCUUGUUCCUGUUUGCUCAGGGUUGCAACAGUGGAUUUGUGAUCAAAAUUGGAACUUUGGGAUCCCUUCAAGCUUCUGGCUUCCACUUAUUAUGAUUUAAUAUCUCAGGAAAGGAAAACAGAAUUAUACUUAAGAGAAUAAAAAUGCCAAUACAGUUUCAAUAGAACACUACAAAACCUGAUACUUUAGUCCAAUUCACACAUUUUGAGUUAAUUGUUGUUUUGCUGCCAUUUAUCUGUCAGUGAGUUAGCAGGAUAAUGCAAAAGGACAUAAGUGGAUGGAUUUAAAUUCCAUUUAAUAGAGAUCGCCCUUGAGCCAAAGAAAAAGUGAUGGCAUUUUAGUGUGGACAAAAAUACACAUCUUGCCUUUGAUCUUACAUUUUUAUCUGUUAUCAUGGUUUAUUUGAUCUUGAUUAAAAGGCAGAUCCUGCAUUUUAGCUUUGAUCUUUGUUCUUUGAUCCUGCCUGUAAUUUGGUAUUAGACCAUUGUAAAUGAUUAAAAAACAGUAAAGAGCAACUUCAGAGUAACUGGGUCACCAAGGAACUUAAAGUAAUGGUAACUGGUGACCUGACUGUAACUAGAUAUCUGUAACAGAAUAACCUCUUUUUAAGAUUCUUUUAGGCCUUAUAAUUCGACAGAUCCUACCUUAGAGCUCAGAGUUUUAUCUUUGAUCCUGAUUUCUUUACUUGUGAUUACAGGAUCAAAGCAGACAGAGAAGUAAUGCAAAGAAAAACACAACUUCCAUGGCAAGCUUCAAAGAUCAAAGAGCAGCAAUCAGGAUUAAAGCUCAGCAAUGAUGGAUGUUUGAUCUGAAUAAAAAUAAUGAUCAAAUUUUGGUGAUCAGGCUUGAAGGUCACCAGUCAGCUCAACGGUGAUCAGGAUCUCAAAAUGUCUAAGUAGACAAAUCCUCUCACAGU